GCACGAACGAGCGCACCCUGUAAUCACACUGACUGACUGUCGGUGAAUGAGAUAAACAAAGAGCCGGUGACUUUCCAGGAAAACAGACAAGCUCCUCAAGCUCCACGUAAACAUGGAUACUGGUCUGAGUCAGGAGAAGGUGUCCACCUUCAUCAAGCGGCUGCGGGCCGAGCCACGCUACCUGUUGGCCCAGAAUGUGUCGACCUGCAUCGACCCGUUGGAGGUUUGUCUGCACCGGCAGACUGUCCAGGAUACCGUGCACAUCUUCCAGCACUCUAUCCCCACAGAGGGCAAGCCCGUCACCAACCAGAAAAACACAGGGAGAUGUUGGAUCUUCUCGUGCCUCAACGUCAUGCGACUUCCCUUCAUGAAGAAAUUUAACAUAGAGGAGUUUGAGUUUAGUCAGUCCUAUCUUUUUUUCUGGGACAAGGUUGAGCGUUGCUACUACUUCCUCCAGGCCUGUGUGGAGACGGCACAGAGGAAGGAGCCGGUGGACGGACGCCUGGUGCAGUUUCUGCUCUCCAAUCCAACCAAUGACGGAGGACAGUGGGACAUGCUGGUCAACCUCAUUGAAAAGUAUGGCGUGAUUCCAAAGAAAUGCUUUCCAGAGUCCCACAGCUCGGAGGCCUCGCGCAGAAUGAAUGACAUCCUUAAUCAUAAGCUGAGAGAAUACUGCCUAAGACUGAGGAACAUGGUGGCCAGUGACGCCACUAAAGCGGAACUGUCUGAUGCUAUGGACACCAUGAUAGAGGAGGUGUUCCGGGUGGCCAGCGUUUGUCUAGGCAGCCCCCCUGAGACCAUCUGCUGGGAGUACAGGGACAAGGACAAGAACUUCCAACGCAUGGGACCCCUCACCCCGCAGGAGUUCUACAAGGAGCACGUCAAACCUCUAUACAACAUUCAGGACAAAGUCUGCCUCGUGAACGACCCCCGACCCCAGAACCCUUACGGGAAGCUGUACAGCGUGGAGUUCCUCGGUAACAUGGUCGGUGGCCGCACCACGCUGUACAACAACCAGGCCAUCCAGCUGCUUAAAAAGUCUGCGGCUGAUUCCAUCAAGGAGGGGGAGGCGGUGUGGUUCGGUUGUGACGUCGGGAAACAUUUCCACGGCAAGCUGGGCAUUAACGACAUGAACGUGUUCAACCAUGAGCUCGUGUUCGGAGUGUCCGUGAAGAACCUCUCUAAAACACAGCGGCUGAUAUUCGGAGACUCCCUCAUGACCCACGCUAUGAUCCUCACUGCUGUCACGGACAAGGAUGGGAAAGAAGGCUUUGAGAAGUGGAGGGUGGAAAACUCCUGGGGCGACGACCGUGGGAACAAAGGUUACCUGAUCAUGACGGACGAUUGGUUCUCCGAAUAUGUGUACGAGGUGGUGGUAGACAAGAAGUACCUCUCAGCUGAAGUCCUGGACGUGAUGCAACAGGAGCCCGUUGUGCUUCCUGCCUGGGACCCCAUGGGAGCCCUGGCAUAACUACAGAAUUCCAGGUUUUAGUCCCAACCUCUGGUCUAUUUGACUCCGCCCUAUUCAUCGGCUGCUUUUACCUCUCCAAUACCCCCCCCCCCCACACACACACACCACCUUCCAAAACAGCCUAAUCUUCUAGACAAAAUAAUAAAGAUUUUGUUUUCUUUUUUACUGGACUGCCUGGUUCUUUUGUCUGCCUUUGUUUUUUGCGAUGGUGUAAGGCUCUGAAUCUGGGCCUCAGCAUUUUAAAAGGUGGGUUUAUUGCAUCAUAAACACUUUUUAAUUUUGAAACAAGGCAGCUUCACAAACGAGCAGAAUAUUUAAUAGUUGUAUACUCACUAGUACUGUAUCACUGCUGUGUAAUUCCACUUAUACUCCUGUGUGCUCCAGAGUUUUAAACAUAUUUUUAUAUGAGACCAAUGGUCGUGUUUUUCACUGCGACUCUUUCCCCUCUUGGACACGUGCAAAACAGCAGUGAUUUACUGUGCUUGGAAUAACACUUGCAGAAUUUCCAAUAACACGCUAUCUUACCAUAACAUCCUGUCUCUACAAACACUGUUUAAACCAGAAAGGUAGCAUUUUUGGUAUGCAUGUGUAUAUGUAUUAUUUUUUGCCUGUAUCUCCCAUCUAAUAUUAAAAGCAGGAAAGGGUCCCACUUCAACAAUACUCGCUCCAUUUCUACAGAGAACAGCUUCUUUUUCCAAGCACUUCCUGUCCAGCCUCCUGUAAUCACUUCUCAGCGACGUUCCAACUCUUCCUGCGUUAAAACACUCCUGUCAAGGUAGGGACGACCUCUGACCUCCCAGCAGUUGGUCUGUCAGCUAAGUUCUUACUGUUCACCUUCUGCAGCGUUGUUGUUGAGAGCAUUCUGCAUCACUGGCCUAAUGUAGAAGGGAGGGCUUGGAUAGGAUAGCUUUUAGUGUCAAUUCAGCAAAAUCUAGAGGGGAAGAGGCCUUAUUUUAUUGCAAUUACAAUGACGCAUCUUUCCUGUCAGAUUGCACUGUGUACGGAGACAUACUGGCAUUAGAGUAAUCCUAAAAACAUGAUACAGCCUACCGUAAUAACUCCUACAUACUCCUACCCAUCAACCUGCAAUUUUUCAUCUUAGUUUCUCAACUUCUCUUUCCUGUUCUGGCAUUCCAGUUUAUCUGCAGCUUGCCUCGUGUGUUUUAUAUCCUCUUCUACUUUCUCCCGGUGUUCCCACAUCCGACAUGUUGCAGCCUCAGUGGAUUCAAAGACAAAGCCAGAGAUUUUGUGAAUUAUAGUGAAGCAGUUUAGAAAAAUGUACACUCUACAGAAGCUGGACAGAAGUUCUGAGAUUUAAGGGUUAAUUAAUAGCAGUCCCUACAAUCUAUUUCCUAGAAGUCCUCCCUCACAGGAAUGGUAUUUACUUUUUUUUUAAUCUGGGUUUGAUUUAGAGUGCACUGUAAAUCUUAGCUGGCGGAUCCCGGGUUUCGUAAUAUGUUCAAGAGGAAGUGGGAGAUACUUUUUAAUGAUAUUUCACCUUUGUGUAAAAGUUAUCACACAGAGUAAUCAGUUGCCAUGAAUAAACUGCACAGUCGAAUGUUUUCCGUAAACAAAUGUUUUUUUAAAUGUUUGAUAAAACAAAUGUGUGUGCGCAGU